AGGCUGGAGGGGACUUGUGGAGGUCAUCUGGUUCAAUCUCCUUACUCAGAUAGGACCACACAGUUUCUUUUAACAGUGUUGGUAUAGCAAGAUAUUUGUUGAAGAUUGCUUGUUUAUAACUAUCAACACGCUAUGCCAUUGUUCGUACUAGUGCUCAGUCAUUCUUCUUGUUCACAUAGUUGGAAAUAAGUGCCCCUCUAAUGACUCUCUCCUGUUAACAGAGGAGAUACGUUUCCAGCCAGUACUUGUCCCUUACAUGUGUGCUUAUAUUGGCGCUUCUUAGGUCCCUUCUGUGGGCAGUUAAAUUUGCUGUACAGUGAUUCAGCCUCCUUCACCACUGCAGCUAGUAUCUGUACCUUCCCCCACUACCCUUCAAGCCAGUACUCCUGGUAUCUGCUAUGCUAGUGAAAUCAGUGGUCUCUCUGAAUCACAGAAUCACCAAGGUUGGAAAAUCCCAUGAGUGGGAGAACCAAGGAAGAGUUAAGCAUAGAGGAAAAAGAAGAGUAAGGCCUCAAGACAUUUUCCAAUAGGUGGCAGCAGCAACUUGUUGUACAGGGUUGAAUUGGCAGAGAUGGAAAAGUAGAAACAGGUAUGUGAUAAACAGACAAAGAAAUUUCAUUUAGGAUAAUUUGCUGGCUUUUAAUAAACAGCAUCCUGUUAAAGGAUUUUUCUCAGAACUCAGUCUGCCAAAGCUGUUGCGAUACGCAACACUGAAUUUGAGGAUAUUUACCAAAAGAGCUCUGUAAAAUUAUUUAGAAAGGAAUCUCUGCAAAUGACAGCUGUUUACCGAACUACCUGUUGUAGGAUCUUCUGAGAAGGCAGAUAAGUGUAGGUGCAUCUGGGUAACCAUAAUGAUAUGGUAGGAUUUAAACAAGAGGAAACACAUUUUUAAGCGAUGUGUUUUGGGCUUUUUGUGCAUGAGCAGGUAAUACUCACACGGAGUAUGUGGGCAAAUCAACAUUCAUGACUUUUCCCUGGUCUAUUACAAACAAGAUCUGUUGCUCACGAUCCAUUUCUAGGAAGUGGUUCUGCCCAAUGAUGACAAGAAAAAAUGCAGUCUAUUUCUGGCAAUCAUUGAUUCUGAAGAAUUUUAAUAAUGCUCAGUAAUUAUUCAUCUAAAGAAGUUAUAAACGUCAGACUUGGCUGUUCAAAUCCUUAAAUUGAAAAUGCACCAAUGUUGUUGAAAAGGUCUAUUAGAGUUAUUAAUUUUUUACUCAGGCAAGUAUGAAGCAUGUAUGUGCGAAUAGGAUAGGAACUUACCUGACUUGCAUAAUUCCCAACAUUUUUAAAAAGAAAGAGAAUAAUGUGCCAGGGAUGCUUUUUUGAACAUGGCCAAAGCAUAGGCAUUAGCUUGGGCUCCCUGUGAUUUGCAUGGGUGCUGUCACAGCGUAAGUUGCUUCUGACUGGAAGCCUUCUUCAUAUGGUGAGCUCUAGGAGGGUUGUAUGCCAGUAGCUUGUCCCACAGAGCUGGAAGCACUUGCAUCAGUAGAAUGCGGGAUUCGUACCUCUUUGUGGCCUUGUAGGUCUGUUUAUCCAAGAGCUCUUUUGGACUGUAAAACCUGAGAAAUAAGGAAGAUCACUGAAGGAAAGGCUUGUGCUACUGUUGCUGAAGGUAAAACCUUAGCAAGGAGAUAAUGUGCAGCCCUUAUAUAAACAGGGUACUUAGUAUUAGAUAAGCUGUUUUUUCUUAAUUAUCUUGUUUAUUAUAACACAAAAGUGUUCUUACUUAUAAAGGUGCUGCAAAUUGAUGUUAUUGUCUUAGCUUUCACUUUAUUUUCCACUCUUUUUCCACUGCUCGAGAUUUAUUAAAGAGAACAAAUGCAGUAGAACGUUGCCAGCUUUGUGAAGGGCAGAGAUCAAGUACUGGUUACUGCGUGUGAACAGGUGAACAGACAGUAAAUGAUAGAAGACACUCGUUCUUCAACAGUAACAGGGGACAGUGAUUUGCUGGUUAAAUUUUUUUAAACUUCUGUUUUUAAAACCUGUGCCUUCGGUGAGAGUUCCUUAUAACUCUUGUACAGUAUUGCCUGAAAUAUUGCCUGGGCAGCCUGGUCUAGUGGUUGGCAGCCCUGCCCAUGGCAGGGGGGUUGAAACUAGAUGAUCUUUGAGAUCCUUUUCAACCCAGGCCAUUCUGUGUUUCUAUGAAAUAUAGGUGUAAUCCUCCUGCUGUUUUUUUUAAUGUGUUUGUGAGGUGGUAUUCUUCUCUUUUAUUCUGGACUGUUUGGAUAAUGUACUCGCUUAGGGAACACCAACACAUUUAAAGACCAAAGAUGUAGUUUCAUGAGCAUUUCUUUCCAUGUCAACAUUGGCAUGAGCCACACUGACCUUAGCUGCUUAUUCCUGCCUUGCCCCUCAGUUGCACUAGUGUAACUGUUCCAGGUGGCUGGGCAGCAAAGCAGAUUGUGGAAUUUACCAUCAGAAAAAUAUUAUUUUUAACCUGGAUCGAUUCCCUGACCGGUCUCACUGCUCAGCUGCACAAACAGUUGUGCCAGCACAGCUGAGAGAUGAGGACUGCAUAAGCUGGUGCUGCAGUGAAACAAAAGUGCUUGUGAAACUGCAGCCGAUGGCUCAGGCUGUGUGUUAUAGGUGUUUUGCCAGUACGACUAGACUGCAUUGUCAAAACACACCUCUUACAGAUACAGCUUUCACCAGUACAGCAGAUUUUAUAGAAUCAUAGAAUCGCUAAGGUUGGAAAAGACCCACAGGAUCAUCCAGUCCAACCAUUUUGCCCUUCACCAAUGGUUCCCGCUAAACCAUGUCCCUCCCUUUUGAUUGCACUUACGCUUUGGUGUUGUCAAAAUACGUAUACGCCACUUCAGAAAGUGUAUGUUAAUUCUGUAGAAUUCUGCUUUACUUAAACAGUCUUGAACCACUGUAGAUUUUCAGAAGAUGAGAGAAGUAUCAAGCCAAGGAAGUGCUUACUUGGAGUACAUCUAAUGUUGAGUUCAUGGUUUUCAUCUUUAACUACAUUGUUACUCCUCAGGACGAAAAAGUGAGAUUCUUACAGGAAAUGUGAGUGUCACUUGCUAAGUAGAUGCUAAAAUAAGCUAAAACUUCUGAAGAAGACGUUUAAUGUUGCAGAAGAUAACAUGGAUUUUCUUAAGAAUUACGUUUUUGUCAAUGUAUUUGCAAAGGUGAUUAUAUAUUUAUGGCCUUCUUCCAACCACAUUUGACUACUAAUGUAAAAUUGAUUUUUCAUUCUGUAAAUAGAGUAUGUUUUAUGUUUUAUUCUUAUAACGAUUGAAGCUCAUAUGCCUGUAAAACACGAUUUCAUUGAUCUUAGUUGGUAAUUAGUGUUUGGAGUGCCGUAUGCCCAAUUUUACUUCCUUCUAUCAGACUUUGUACUACUUAAAUGACAAUGAGAAAUGUUUGGUUUUAAACCAAAAUAUUUUUCUAAGUAGUUGUAUAGAAUGUUGAUUAUAGUCAUAUAAUGUUGAAGUUGAGCAAUUGCAGAUCAACUGAGAAAUUUAAGUUGAUAUUACAGUAGAAAUCUGUGUGUGUUCCUUUAAGAGUUUAUUAUCCCUAUGGCAGCAACUAGAAGAAGCUUUUUUUAAUUCUGCAAAGUUUAAGGUUUUGUUUAAAAAAAAAAAGGGGGGGGGGGGGGGUAGAAGCAGCUCUGAACCUUCUACAUUUUGUGGCUUGGAGAGGAAAUACAAAUCCGUUCUUUGUAGACAGUGUUUUUUGCUGAUCCUUCGUAGCUUUCCUAAGCACUGAAGCAAAAUUUUAAUAUGUGGGUAAAGUUACUGAUCUGCACAAGAGUGAAUUUGCUAAAAUCACUGAUAUUUGAGAAAGUUAUGCGAUAUUUCAGAAACUAUUAAGAAAACUCGAGCAGAAAUUUCUUCAAAAGAUGGAAAAAGGCGUACGGGUGAUCAGCUACUUUCACUGGAAUAGUAAUUUUCCUUGGAAUCUGAAAGAAUGCUGCUAGCUUCCAGUGGAAGAGAGUCAUCUUUGAUAGAAUUUUAAGAGUUAAUGGGAAGAAGAACUUGCUUUUGUUUCUUUUCUGGUAUAAAUUAAGAAACAAGGCAUACUUCUCAAAAGAAAAUGCUGGGUCAGAAGAGAUGAGUACUCCCUUUACUAAGGCCUAAAACUGCCUGUUGAAAAACAAUCCUGACCAGGCAAUAUACGAAUGGCCCAAGGAAGCCAGCAAAUUGAUAUUCGGGUUUUACAUGACCUGCGACAGAAGUUUCCUGAGGUACCUGAAGGUGUUGUAUCCAGAUGCAUGUUACAGAAUAACAAUAAUUUGGAUGCCUGUUGUGCAGUUCUGUCUCAGGAGAGCACAAAGUAUCUCUAUGGUGAAGGAGACCUAAGUUUCUCGGAUGAUUCUGCAAUUCCUGGACUACGAAAUCACAUGACAUCUCUUAAUUUGGAUUUGCAGUCACAGAAUGUGUAUCACCAUGGAAGAGAUGGAAGAAUGAAUGGAAGUAGGACUCUAGCUCACAGUGUUAGCGAUGGACACCUUCAAACCAAGCAGCCCAACAAUGAACUAUUUCAGCAGGAACCACAGACUGCACCUGCGCAGGUUCCACAAGGAUUUAAUGUCUUUGGAAUGGGUAAUACAGUUAGUGCUUCUAAUCCAGGGCAACAUCUUGGAUUUCACCUAGGCAGCAAAGGAGUAUCUAACUUGUCUCAACAAACACCCAGAUUCAACCCAAUCAUGGUAACCUUAGCCCCAAAUAUUCAGCCUGGCCGCAAUACCCCUACAUCUUUGCACAUACAUGGUGUACCUCCUCCUGUACUUAACAGUCCACAGGGAAAUUCUAUCUAUAUUAGGCCUUAUAUCACAGCUCCUAGUGGUACAGCUCGACAGACACAGCAGCAGGCAGGCUGGGCAUCUCAGUUUAAUCCUAUGCAUCCUCAGCAAGUCUACCAGCCUUCGCAGCCGAGUCCUUGGACUACUCUUCCUACAUCCAAUACUACGCCACAUACCUCAUCGCAACACUCAACGCAGCCGAAUCAGCAAGGCCACCAGACUUCUCAUGUCUAUAUGCCUAUCAGUUCUCCUACUACUCCACAAGCACCUAUGAUUCAUUCAUCUGGUAGCGCACAAUCCUCUGCUCAUAGCCAAUACAACAUUCAGAAUAUAUCCACAGGACCUCGCAAAAACCAAAUUGAAAUCAAACUUGAACCACCACAGAGAAAUAGUUCUUCUAAGUUGCGUUCAACUGGCCCUCGCACCUCCACUACUCCCUCUUCCCUCAACAGCCAGACAUUAAGUAGAAGUCAGCCCACUGUUUACAUAUCGGCCAGUCCUCCAAAUACUGAUGAAGUGAUCACACGUGGUCAGCCUAAGGUCUACAUUUCAGCAAAUGCCACCACAGGAGAUGAUCAACUAGUACGGAACCAGCCCACGCUUUUCAUAUCAACAAAUCCUGGAGUAUCUGCCACUUCUAGGAAUAUGUCUGGUCAAGUAAGCAUGGGUCCUGCAUUUAUUCAUCACCAUCCACCCAAGAGUCGAGCAGUGGGCAACAGCACCACUGCAACCUCUCCUCGAGUGGUUGUUACGCAGCCUAACACAAAAUAUACUUUUAAAAUUACAGUUUCUCCAAAUAAGCCCCCUGCAGUUUCCCCAGGGGUAGUCUCCCCAACCUUUGAGCCUACAAACCUUCUAAACCUUCCUGAUCACUAUGUUGAACCAGAGGGUAUCCAGCAUCUUACUGACCCUGUUUUAGCACAUGUGGAUAGGAUCAGUGAUGCACGAAAAUUGAGUAUGGGAUCUGAUGAUGCUGCCUACACGCAAGCUUUACUGGUACAUCAGAAGGCCAGGAUGGAGCGACUUCAACGAGAACUUGAGAUUCAAAAGAAAAAGUUGGAUAAACUAAAAUCAGAGGUCAAUGAAAUGGAGAAUAAUCUGACACGAAGGCGGCUGAAAAGAUCGAAUUCUGUUUCCCAAAUUCCAUCACUGGAAGAAAUGCAACAGUUAAGAAGUUGUAACAGACAGCUGCAGAUAGACAUAGAUUGCCUAACCAAAGAGAUUGAUCUUUUUCAAGCAAGAGGACCACAUUUUAAUCCCAGUGCUAUUCAUAAUUUUUAUGAUAAUAUUGGAUUUCUUGGUCCGGUGCCACCAAAACCCAAAGAUCAGAGGUCCAUUGUGAAAACACCAAAGACUGUUCCAGACGCAGAUGAAGAUGAGGGAGCUCAGUGGAGUUGUACUGCCUGUACUUUUUUAAACCAUCCAGCCUUAAAUCGCUGUGAACAGUGUGAAAUGCCCAGGCAUUUCUGAGCCAACAGGCCUGUUAUCUUCUGUAAAACCACAGCAAACGUACAAGGAACUAUCCAGUCAUUGGGGGCAGAAAAAAGCAUUUUUGUGUAGGAUUUUGUAAAACUGAAGGCGUGACGAGAUGGCGUUUGUAAUGUUAAAUGUCAGCCCACAGAGCUAGUAAUGCCUCAGUGUUGUGUCACAGGCAGUUGAAAUUCAUCGGCUGAAAGGUAAUCUGCUGAAAGACUCAGUUGCCAGCUGCCUAAACCAUGUACAGUAUUACCAUAUCCCAGUAACACACACCGUGUUCAGUGCUUGGGUGUUGCCCAUCCUCUUCUCUGCCCCGAUGUCACUACUGAAUUUUGACAGGGGAAAGGAAUAGAGUGCUCGCAUUUUUGUUUUCAGAGCUUUCAGUGAAACACUACAUGCACAGAGGAAAUCUAAAAGGAACAAGGUUUAACUAUUUAAACUGUUUGCUGCCACAUAGUGCCUUUGAUAAAGGGAGGAACUUCACACACCAGUGGUACUCUUUGCCUUGUCUUCCCUGAAAACAUCUCUGUGAAGCCAGAAACCAGUACAAUCACAUCUAAAGAUGAAAAGGAAAAACUGCAUGCGUUGUCUGUACAAUACACACAGUGAAAUACCCCAAAGCUUUUCCUACUGUACAUAGCUCUAGAGCCUGCUUUAAGUGAUUUCUUUUCUUCACCUUUAUUAUUUUCUUGUACUUCUGUAUGUAUAGUGUAAUAGUCUUUUUGUUAACUUUCUUUUUUUUUCCCUUUAAGUGAUUAAGCACGAUCAUGUCCCUUUUUUUUAAGCUUUUAUCUGAGAGAAGCAAUGCCUUAAAAUAAGAGCAUUAAUAAGAAACUAUGCACAAAAUAGCUUUCCUCUGCUCAUUCUGUACAUUGCUCUUGUAAAUGCUGAUGAUCUGUGAAGACCUGCAGAUGCAGCGUGGUAAAAAUGCAGGAAAAGUUGGAAGAGUUAUGCAUAUAGUUCACUCUGUACACUGAGUUUUACGGUGGGUGACACAAGGUAGCAUUUUGUCUGGCGUGAGGAAAUAAACUAAGAAACUUUCAACCCACCAACAGAUCAGCUUCUGAUUUAAGCUUGCUUCAUCUGCUGGGUAUCUUGCAGACUCCUGAAGAGAGAUUCGUUGGGGAAGUACACACAGUGCCAAAUCAACAGCAGCAGCAUCAUACAGCUUUGUUCAAGAACUUUAAAUGCUUUCCUGUUUUGGCAGCCAGUUUCUAAACCUGACUUGUGGUGAAGUCUCAUAUUUAUAGAAAACAAGGAUAGCAAUAUUUAGGACAACUGAAAUAAAGGCUGGAAAAAAGAAAUCAAACAGACUUGAACACUGAAGCAACCUCAAGCAUCUCUUUUUUUUUGAUGAUCUAUUUUUUUAAGGAAAAUAUUCACAUGAUCGGGAAUGUAUGUAACAGAUGGAGAAAAUGGAAUUACAGUACGUAUGAAAGACAGCACACGAUUAUGUAGCAGCACUUAAAGUGAGGCUGGAGGGAGUGCUAACUAUGUAGCAAGAGACAAAGUAGACUGUCACCCACUGUAAACAUUUGCCAGUGGACAUUUUCAUUAGGAAUUUUACAAGUGAUCUAUGUGAAUACACGAAGGCCUUUGUUUUGAAGGCUUUGCAUUUUUUUAUGUGGGAAGAAAAUGCCAAUCCCAGGUAAUUAGGCAGUAGACCCAAAGCACUUGCAUUCAAUGCAUUUUGUUUAUAAAAUGAGGCCUUGUUUUUCAGCUUCAUCUGCAGUUCUAUGUGAAGAUUGACAAAUCAGUUUUUACCUGUUUAUUAAUAAAACCUAAUUUGGAUAUCUUGAGUUGAUGGUUUUGUGAUUUAGCUGGGUAAACUGUCUUUGUAACAGAUAAGUUAUUUAUAAAAAUUAAAAAAAAAAAUUAUAUUCUAA